AUGUGCGCUGCUGGGACUCGUUUGACCGUCCUCGCCGCUCCUCCUCCUUCCCCAGUCGCAAACGCGACAACGACAGAUCCCGCGUCAUCCACUAGUCUCCCCACAUACGCAAUCAUCCUCAUCACUCUCGGCGCGGUCCUUUUGGCGCUCCUACUCUGCGCGGGCAUAUAUGCAUUUACCAAACGGAAUCGGAAAAAGGAAGAAAAGCGGUUUGCAAUCGAUGAGGAGGGGGCCAGUACGGUUGACGGCUCAGCGGGGCGGAGGGAUCGCGAAAUGGACUGGGAUUGGUGGAGAGCGCGGAUGUGGGAGGGAGACCCUGGCACGGGAUAUGCAGCACGUUCGGAGGGGCAGAUGCCGGCAGCAUUGCAGCAGCCAGUACAUAGUCCGUCACCUAUUCAAGCUCCCUUCCUUGCACCCAUUCCACAACAAUUCCAUUCCGCCCAGCAACAACCACAGCAACAGCUGCAGCUGCAGCAGCAACCACAGCAACAACAACAACAGCAGCAGCUGCAGCUGCCGCAGCAAGUACAGCAACAGCCCUCGUUCUCUCAACAGCAACCCAUACAGCAACAACCGCAGGUCCCUCCAACACCCCCGGGCUCACCCACACCUCCCAAACCAGAAAACUACGAAGGAGGAACAUGGGCCUACAUCCUCGACCCAACGCGCGGUACUCUCCCCAUUUACAUUCCACCCCCGCUUUCCCCAACUACGAGUUCUCAAGAACAUUAUUCGGCAAGCGUGUCACCCGCUGUUGAACACGCAAGUGAGCCCAUAAGUGAACGAGGGAGUGAACAAGGUGAUAGUAAUGCUGAUGGAGGUGGGUUGCGGAGUCCUCCGCCGCCAGAGUAUAGGAGUAUGACAGAGUAUGCAAAGAGGGACCUGUGAGGAGAUUGUGUGCGGUUUUUUUUUGGUUUUUCUGUUUUUCUGUGUACUAUACUUGUAGGACUGGUGUCAUUUGUUGAGGGAGCAUUGUCCAUAUGUUCGAUGAUCUUUAAUGCAGUUACCCAUCACCCGA